UUUCUACGCAAACAACAUUCAAACCAACGUACUCCACGCCUGGCUAGGUUCGCCCUCGAAAGAAAUAUCCGCCGUGUAUAGGCUUGCCUCGGCAAGACGUGCCUAUUGCAAUUAGCGAUGCAAACGCAUGCCUAAAUAUUGCAUGUACUCCAUAGUUGCUAUGAUGCGGCGGAACGGCUCGCCGGGGAGUGCGCCAUUGUCGGGAGAGUUGCGCAAGCGAGGUGCCAUGCCUUGAGCUUUGGAAUACAACGAGUUGACCAUGGAUGUACAGCCUGCGGACUCUCAAUCGGCUGAGGGUGGAGCGAAGGGGAGCUGUGGAAAUCCGGCGGGAACCGCUCUUGCACCUACAGCUGCACCUACAGCUGCACCUUCAGCUGCACCUACAGCUCCUCCUACGGCUGCGCCUUCAGCUGCAGCCCCGGCGGUGGACUUCGCCAAUGUGAGCUCCCUGGCGCUGCUCCGCCGCCACCGCAAGAACAAAUUCGCAAUCCCGCGGCAGGCACCGGUGCCAGAGGCGGCUGCGUUGUCGCCUGCCAAGACUGUAAGCACCGGUGUCGCUGCAGGUGCGGCUGGGUCGCCAGUGGAGCCAUCGGCGGGCCAACAGUCGGAGCCACGUGACCAGCCCACGCAGCAGCCCCAGCAGCAGCUGCCAGUCCAGGUGGUCGGAUUAAGUGACGUGGGCGCGGCGGUUGGGGCGGCGGCGGAUGCAGGAACACCACGGGCAGGCGUAGUAGGGGGCGGUCCUGCGCUGGGGUCAGACACCGCCCCGGCUGCUGCAAAUGUUGGCGCCGCCGCGGGCGGUGGCACAGCUGGUGCCGAGGCUGGCUCGCACGAGGUGCAGCCGGUGCCAGCCGCGGUCGCAGCUGUAGCCCCUCCUGCGGCGGCUCCCGAGGCCGCGACUGCCGCUGUGCAUGCGAGCGGCUGCGGGCUCCAGCCUGCGCCGGGGCCUAAGCAACCGGCUGCGUCUGCAUUCGCCGUCUCGCCGCCGUCCCUGCAAACCGUGCUGCUGGCCGCGAUGGGGCCAGAGGCAGCGCCGCCGCCCGCCGGCAGCGCUGCGGUGGAGGUCCUGCCCUCUGCCGCGCCGCCACAGGUGGCAGCUGCGGUUGCGACAGCACCCAGCCCCGCAGCUACAGCGCCCAUAGCUGCGCCGCAGGCACAGCAGGCAUUGGUGGAGGCUCACAUGGCGGACGCUGGCGGGGAGCCCGCUGCGGCGACUGCACCCGCCGCGGGGUCCGACCCUGCAGCGGCGCCAACUGCCACCGCAGCGGCACCAGCAGACGCAGCAGAAGCCACCCUGGUGGCGGCAGCAACCCAACCGGCGGUGGGGGCAGCCGCAGCCGCAGCCGCAGCCGCGACAGCCCCCCAGCCAGCGACUGCAGGCCAACCGCCGCAUGACGGGAACCAGCUGGACGCCCUGCGUGCGGGCCACUGCGUCCGGGCCUUUACCAUUCACUUCACAGUCACCGUCUUGCCGUCGCGCGACCCUGCCGCGCCGCGUCGCAAGCUGCUGGCCCUGAAGCCGGCAGACCUGCGCGCCGCGGGCCUCACCUGCGUCGCCGAGCUGGGGCCGCUGGUGCUGGACAGCGGCGCGGGCGCCGGAGCUCAAGACAUGGUGCCUGUGUCGGACGGCGACGGGGCCGGCGCAGUGCUCUUCACGGUCCUCGGCUUGAGCGCUGCGGACACACUGCGCCCGCUGCAAGAGGUCACGGGCGGCGGCGCCGCCGCCGCCGCCGCAGGUGCCCCGGCCGGGGCGGCAGCGGCCGGCAGGGGCGCGGGCGGCAAGGCGAAGGGCAAGGGCAAGGACGCGGCGUGGCGCAUCCGCCUGAACGGCCCCUCGAGGUGGCUGACGGCGGACGGCGGCGUUCUGGACCCGACCACGCCCGAGGCGGCAGGCCUGCAACUCAUCAGGGAGCCGGUGGAGGGCGUGCCGCGGGGCCGCUACACACUGCUGCGAGCCAACGGCAGCUGCGCCUCCGGGCCUGCGGACCCGCCCAGGCCGGCGCGGCCGUACGAGAUUGUCGCACUGCUCAGGCCCGCUGGCGAGGAGGCGGACGCAGCAGCGGCGGGCGCGGGCGCGGGCGGCAGCGCCGGCGUUUGCGUGCAUGCGGGCGCGGUAGCAGGGGCUGCUGGGCUCGGAGGCGCAGAGCAAGGCAGCCGGCACCCUGCGUUGGGAUUUGGCGCGGCGCCGGCGGCGCCGCCGCCGCUGGCGGAGCUGUCGGGCCUUGCACAGGUUGGCAGCAGCGGCAACGUUGGUGGGCUGGGCGGCUUGGGCGGCGGUGGCGGCGGGGCCCGCUCAGUCGCUGCGCCUGGGAGCGCGGGUGGUGGCGGCGACCGCUACAGUGGCGAGACCGUGGGCGCUGUGAUCACCACCAGCGGAGGGCGGGGCCCGACUUCGGCGGCUCCUGGCGACGCGGGCGCGGGGGCGCAGGGGUCUCGGGCGUCUCGAGACGGCGGGGAGGAGGAGGGCGAGGAGGCGUCGGGCUCGCAGUGGGAGCGGCAGCAGGGCCGUGUACCCAGCGGCUCUGCCGGGGCUGUCGUGGCGGCGGCGGCGCCUGCAGCCGAGGGCGCGUCGCCGGCCCUACGGAAGCCCACUUUGGAAAAGGUCGCGGCGAGACCGUCACCCUCAGACUCCAAGGGAGCUGAAGAAGGCACAGCCGCCGCCCGCGCCGCCGUGCCGCGUAGGCCGCCGCCGCCGCCGCCGCAGACGACCCCAGAUUUAUCCGAAGAGCGCGCCAUUCGCUCGAAGCCGGCGCCGCUCCAGCUUCAAGCCACGCCGCAGGGGCCGGCCGGGUCGGUCAGCCCGACGCCUCGAUCUCGGCCGCGGGCUCUGCCUCAGCCGCCGCCGCUCCUCAUGGGUGGUGGCGGACGCGGCGGCGGCGCAGGAGCCAGUCUGGACAGGCUCUGUAGCAAGCAGCUGUCGAACUCGGAGGUGGACAGUGUCAAGGGCGGGCCCAUCUGCUUUACGUCAGCCAUGACUGGCGAGGACGGAGUCUUCCACGGCCUACACGCCGAUAACGGGGAACACCCCUUCUGCGGGCCUGUGAUCCUGCACGACGGCGCAGGCGGCGGGAGCUGGGCGAUGCGCGUGCGCGGCAACGGCAACAGCGCUCAGCGCCUGCACGACACCAAAGCCAUGUUGGAUCACUACAAGCCGACGGUCGGCGACGCACUCGUCUUUGCGCGCUGCCUGCAUCCGCCCGCCCCCUGGGCCUCGACCGCCGCCGCCACCGCCGCAGCCGUGUCGCCGGCACAGGCGCAUGAGAACGCCUCCGCAGCGGCGGCCCGGAUGGCAGCUGACUGGAGCGUGCCACCCGUGCACUUCACCGUGUGGUGCGUGCGUAAGGCUGACCUCGCCGCGGGCGGCGUCGCGCUCCUGCAACCCAGGGCGGACCAGCAGCAGCCCCUGCAGCCGCAGCGGCGGCCGCAGGCGCGGUCGCCGGCCGCAGUGCCGGAUGCGGGGGAGGCGGAUGCGCACAUGGCGGCUGCGGAGGAGGGCGAGCAGCAGAAGGAGGCGGAGCAAGAGGGUCAAGGCGUCGACGGGAUGGAGCGCGCGGAAUCCAAUCCAGCUGCCGGUGCUAGCCCUGCUGUGGGCGGUGUGCCGGCGCCUGGCGCGGUGGCUGGCGGAUUCCCCGCCUUCAACAUUUCCUGCAUGAAGGAGCUCACCAAAACCGACUGCGCACAGAAGGUCAAAUUCCCUGUGGCGUGGCUGAAGGCGGGAGGAGUCAUGGCGGGUACCACGAGGGGGCAGGCCUUGUGCCUACACGCGCGAGGUUCUGCCGAGUUCACGCAGGCCAACGUGGGCCUCUCGGGCGCACUGGGCGUUCGUGUCGGCAAGGCCCUGAAGGAUGCAUUGCGCAUGGAGCGCGGGCGCGUGCUGGUGCUUGCGCCGUGCGGGACGGACGGCCGGCCGCUGCGGCCGGGCGACGCACCGCUGACGCUGCGCCACUUCUGUCUGGAGGUCUUGGGCACCAGAACCGACGGGGCGGGACUACAUGGCAGGUCCGGCCGAGCCGCCGGCAAUGCCGGCGCGGCCGCUAGAGGGGCCGCGGGUGCGGUGACGGACGAGGAUGAAGACGAGGAUGAGGAGCCGGAUGAGGAUGAGGUCCUGCAGUCCGAGGAUGAGGCCGUGUUGGACGGCGAAGAUGAGGUGCUCGUGGAGGCGCUGCCACAAUCUGGGCGCCUCGCGGCGGCGGCGGCGGCGGCACAGCAUGGCGGGGACAGGGCUGCGGCGGCGGUGGCGGCGGAGGCGGGUGCAGCCCUUCGCAAGGUGCUGUCGAAAACCGACGCCGACGGGUGCAUCAUCAUCCCCCAGGCAUGGUGCUGUCCGGGCGGCGGGUUCGCCGGGCUGGGCAUAGGCAGCUCCGUGGUCCUGCACAUUGGGCGGACGAAGGAAACCUUUACGCGUAAAUUAUGCAGCCGCAGGGCUAACCUGUACAUGACGAUUCCAGCUGACAUGCGCAAGCGAUUGGGCUUGGCGGUCGGCAAGGAGUUGGUCCUGGAAGCCUGCGACAAUGUCGGACGGCCGCUGGCGGCGGGCGCGGCGCGGCGGGCCCCCCCGCACUACGCCGUGCGCUGCCUCUGGCGUUGGCCGCGGGGCGCGGCCGUAGCUGACGAGCAGUCGGGGCAGGAGCAGGGCGCGUAUGAGGGCUUGGAUGAGGGCGAGGAGGGCUCUGAGGACGAUGAGCAGGAGGGGGAGCGUGCCGGGGCAGCAGCGGGAGGACUGGCGCGGCGGGCUGCCGUGGCGGUGGCACACGGGGCGCGUGGUGUGACGGAUCCCGGGGUCGCGGCCGCAGCGCCGGCGGCGCCAGCCACCACCAGCCGGGAGGCCCCCAGCCCGCGGAGUGCCGACGGCGGGGCAGCCGCCAGGUCUGCCGGCAGCAAAGGCGAGGCCGCGGCCAAGGACGGCGCGCCGCCGCGGCCGCGUGCGCCGCCGCCGGCUCCAGUGGCGCCUGCGCGCCCCAAGCCGAGCGUCUCGCCGCCGCCGCUGGCCCGCGACGCCGCAACAGGGCAGCAGCAGCAGCAGCAGCAGCAGCGGAAGCCGCCCCAGGAGCCCCAGCCGCUACAGCAGCCCGGCCUCGGCACCGCGGCGGCUGCUGGCGCGGCAGGCGCCGCCGCCUGCGUGCACGACCCGGACGGCUGGGUGCCGGCCGGCGCCGACCCCGCCAGCUUCACGCCGCCCGCCGCCGCUGAUGCACAGUGGGAGCAGGUCGCCGGCACCAUCACGCUGGAGCAGAUGCGCUGGAGGCGGCUGCUGCCUGGUGCCGCGGAGGCUGCGGGGGCCGGCGGCGGCGCGCCGCAGGCAGCAGCACGCGAGGUGCCCACGGAAGCUGAAGACGACGGGUCGCUGCGACUGUGCGGCGUCGUGUUUGCGGUCAGGCGGGACGGUGGCGCUGCCGCGGCGGCCGCCUUCGCCCGCGCCGGGCGGGCGGACUGGCUACGACGCCACGCCGGCAAUGAGCAGACGCCCGCAGUCGAGAUCGCGCCGUUGCCUGGUGGAGGCAGCAGAAAGGGAGACAAAGGCCAUGGGCAGCAGGCGGCGCUGCCAGCGUCGGCGCAGCCGAGGCCUUGGCAUGCUCUAUUUCGGGGCGGCGAGGGCGGCGGCAGCAGCAGCGGCACCAGGACCGGUGUGCUUCAGCGCCGCCUUGCGAGCCUGCUGAAUCUCAAGGACUUGUAUGACGCCACCACGCCGCUGCCGCGCGGCCCCGUGACGCUACCCUGCGUGGUGGCGUGCCGCGACGCCCGGCGCGGCGGGCUGGGCGCGUGCGUGACCACGGAGGUCCGGAAGUUCCACCCCUUGGGUGUGAUGCCUGGCUGGGUGCUGCAGGGCACUGCGGGCGGCUCUGAGGACGCGUACAAUUUCGCUUACGCGGGCCACCCGCGCGCGGCGUCCAGCCACCGCCCAGCUAGCGGCGACCCCCCUCUGCUGCUGGAGCUGCGGCGGCGCGGCGAGACUGGGGGAGUGUGGGUCUUCCUGUCCCUGUCCUACCGCCUGCCCUACCCGCCGGAGCUGACGGAGACGCCGGGCGCGGCGGCUGCCGCCAAAGCAGCAGCAGCCGCGGCAGCGGACCGGGCAACAGCCGCGGCAGCAGCCGGAGCAGGCACAGGUACCGCACCCCCGGACAGCGCCCAGAGCAUGCACUCGCAGCUGCCGGCGCCGCGGCAGCAGGAGUUCACGCUGUUCAGCAUGGGGGCGGCACGCAGCGUGUUGGCGCUGGUGAACGACCCGGGGCAGCGGCGGCACGCGACGGAUGAUUUAGAGCUGCCGGAGCCUCCGGAGGAGGAGCGCCAGGCCAACUGCGUGGUGGUGCCGGUUGCGGUGCGUGGCGUGGUGCUGCCGGUGCUGGUGGCCGUCCGCGACCUGCGGCCCGGCGAGCAGCUGCUCCUGGACCGAGGCGAUGACUGGUGGGCGCCCGUGGCGGACAGGUGGGAGGUGGCCGAGGACAGGCUGCCGCAGGCGGCGGCGGCGGAGGAGGCGCUGGAUGACGCGCAGGCCUCGCUGGCACGCCACGAGGCACUGCUGCACCUGCCCGGCGAGGUGCAGGCCUUCCCGCUGCCCCAGGAGGCGGCGGCGUGGCAUCAAGCCGCCCAGGGGGCUGCGGCAGGCGCAGCGGCAGCGGCAGCAGCAGCGGCUGCGGUGCAGGCGGGCAGUGCUGGUGGGGAGGCAGGAGUUGCAGCAGCGGUUCCGCUGCAGCCACCGCAGCCGCAGCAGGGUCUGCCGCCGCCACAGCUGUCGCUGCCUUGCUCGCCGCAACAUGGCGCCAGCCAGCGCGACGACGCAGGCGGCAGGGGCGCUGUCACGACGCCGAGCGGCACUGCCCCUGCGGCAACGCCCGACAACGGCGCAGCCCAACCGACGCGGCCGCCGGCAGCCACCACGUCCACAGCUGACGCAACACCCGACAGGCGGCGUGCCGUCGACUCGACCGCAGCUGGCGGCGGCGACGGCCGUUGCGACGCGGCCCGUGACCGCGAUCGGGAGCGCAAGCGGGAGCGAGAGUGGGAGCGUGGCGACACCAGGGACCGAGACCGGGGUCGGGACCGCGAGGGCGGCCGGCAGAAGCCGGAGCAAGAGCGCAGCCGGCGCCGGGAUGGGGCGCAGGGCCUCAGCGCCAACAAGGAGCACGGCGACGGCCGCUUAAAGGACCGGGAGCGUGAGCGCGACGGGGACCGGGACCGGGACCGGGACCGGGAUCGGGACCGGGACCGGGACCGGGACCGGGAUCGUGCCGUGAGUGGCGACAGGCAGCGCGGCAUGGAUGCCGACAAGGUGCGGCAGCAGCAGAAGGAUAAGGACAGGGACAAAGAGCGGGGGAAAGAGAAGGAGCGCGAGAGGGACAGGGACAGGGAGAAGGAGAGGGAGAGGGAGAAGCGCAAGCAGCAAGAGCGUGCCGAGGGCAAAGAGUCGCAGCAGUCGCUGCGUGGCAAGGAACGCGGAGCGGAACCCAGCAAGAGCGACCGGGCUGACGGCCAUGGCGGCAGCGAGCCCUCAGCAGCAGCGGCGGCGGCGGCAGCGAUAACAGCGGCCACAGGACCAAGCCCGGCAGCGCCGACGAUGGCGGCACCAGCAGCAGCAGCAGCUCCGCAGCAGCUGCCGCCCUCCCCUCGCCCCGCAUCUUUGGGUGCUUUUGGUCAUAACACAGGCACGCCAAAAGCGGCGGACGCUGCGGCGGCGGCGGCAGCAGCGAAGCCUGCAGCGCGAGACCGCAGCCGGGACGGUGACCGCGAUCGGGAACGUCAAGGGAAGCGCGACCGAGACCGGACAGAUAUGGCUCGGCGGCAAGACAGCAGCAAGGAGCGGGAGCGGGAGCGGGAGCGCGACAAACAGGCGUCCCGUGAUGCGGAAACGGGCCGCGAUAGAGACCAGCCACAGUCGCAGCAGCAGGCACUACCGCCGCCGCCGCCGUUAGCGCAGGGCCAGCUGCAGCAGAUGCAGAUGCAGCAACAGCAGGAAUCGCUGCGGCCGCUGUCUCCGUCGCUCCUCCCACCACACCUGGCGGGCGCAGCUGCUCCGACGGCUUCUAACACGCCGCGGUCUGUGCCUGACACGAACGAGCAACGGCAGGAAUCCCGGCCGCGUGAAGAGCGCGGUGGAACCGACAGCCAAAGGCAUCGCAGCAAGACAGCGGGGCAGGCGGGGGCUGCCCUGCAGCCGGACGUUGGAUUGAGGAGCCCACAGGCUGCGCAGCAAGGCCAAACUGGCAAGGACAAGGCAGGAGGAAUGCAGCACCAGCAGCAGGAGGGCCUAGAUGCUUCAGGGACCAUGCGGCGACGGUCCAGCACCGGGUGCACGCCAAUCGUCUGGUCUCCGUCUGCGGUGCAACGCAUGUCGCCACCACCGCAGCCGCAGCCGGCCGAGCAGCCACUGGUGUCACCGCCAGCGGCGGCACCACCACGGCCGCUAGAGCCGCAGCAGCCACAACCUCCGCUGUCGCCCCAACCGCAGCUGCAGCCCUCGCAACAGCCGCCUCUUCCGUCCCCACGCGAGCAGCCGCCAGGACAGGCCGGUUCGCUCUCCGCACUCUUGUCAGCAGCACUGCCGCUGCCGCAGGCCCAGGCUGUGGACAGGGAGCCAGCUGUGGAGCGCGAGCAAGGGCUGGGCGUGGAGCAGCAGCCGAACGAUAAAAAGCGAGGGCGGGAUGAGCAGCCGCAGGGCAACAGCAGCGACUGUGACCAGCCGCAGGCGCGAAGCUCGGGGCGCGAAAGGCCACGUGACGCUGACCGCAAGCGUGACCGCGACCGGUCUCCUGAGAGAAAGCGCACGGCGGAGCCGGGGCGCGAGCGAGACCGGCAGCGGGACCGGGACAAGGAGGGCGGCAGGGGCCGGGACCGGGAGCGCGGUCCCGGGCCGGAGCAGACGCGGGAGCGCGGCAGUGAGCGCGAGCAUGACCAGCAACGCAAGCAUGACGAGAAGGAGUCUACACGCGGCCGGGAGCAGGAGCGAGAGCGGGAGCGUGAUAGCGACCGGGGGCAGAAGCGCCGGCAUGAGGGCGAGCAGGAGCGGCAGCAUGACCUGGAGGGGCGAGCGCGCGGCGGCGUCAGCGGCAACGAGCCGAAGCCAGUGCCGGAGCCAAAGCGGGAUCCGGGCCGCAGCAGCGGCAAGGCUUCAGACCGAGGCCGGGACCGCGGCCAGGGGCGCGAGCGGGACCCGGAGCCUGGCCCGCGGGGGCGCAGUCCUGGCCAGUCAGGAAGCCAGGCGCAGGAUGGCGAGCGGGCAGCGGGGUCAAGCCCGGAGUCGGGCAAGCGCCGCCGCGCCGAAGCAGAGGGCGGCCGGUGUGCUGGCGGUGGCGGCGAGGGGGACGCAGGUGCUCAGGGCCGAGAGGCACGGCGCGCGGCAGGCAGCGGGCCCGGCCGUGACGUGGCGGCCAAGGAGUCACCGGCAUCAGCAGCAGCCGGCAGCGGCGCCGGCAACAGCAGGCUUGGUGGCCGCGGCGGUGAUUGCAGCUCUGGGCGCUACGAGCCAUUCAGUGAUCCGUACCGCCACCAGCUUCCGCCGCUGGACGAGGUAGUGGGCGGGCGGCUUCACUACCCUCCUGACAUGGGGUGCGAGGAGCGGAUGAAAAGGAUUCUGCGGCGGAUGGAAAGGAUCCGGCUGCUGCGAAGCAACAUCUUCGACCCCGACUCGGAGCCGGGCGGGCCCGGGUUCAACCCCAACGCGCCCAGGAGCUCCAAGGAGUGGCCCGCGGCGUGGCUGGCGGCGACGCCGUUGGGCUGGCGCUUCCCUGCCGGCAGCGCUACGGCGGGCGGCAGCGGCAGCGCCCGCUAAGGCGGCGGCCUCGGCGGCGGCCCCAGCGGCGGCGGCGUGCACAUGCUGCGGCGGCAGCUGGCAACGCGGGGCUGGGCGUUGGCGAGGGAUUUGCGGGCGGCAUGCCACCGCCGGUGCAUGUGGCCGGCGUGCGGGGUCUGGGAAUAGUUGUAGAUAAGUGCGCGUGUCCCAUGAUAGAUAAGUGCGCGUGUCCCAUGAUAGAUAAGUGCGCGUGUCCCAUGAUUAGAUAAGUGCGCGUGUCCCAUGACGGUACGGUACGGUAUGUAAAUUUCAUGCGGGCAAGAAUGCUGACGGCAGGGUAGUUGCCAUAACUGGAUGAAAUUUGACAGUCCGUUGGGCGCUGGCGAGGGUGGUCUGUACCUGCUCUACGUUUGACGGUUGCCAGGGCGCGGGUUCCGGUCAAAGGCAGGCAGAGUGUUGCUAUGCGGAGUGCGUGAGCGGAGGAACCACGAUGAUGCAUCCGGUCACAGCAUUAGAAAUGGUCGGGAGAGCAAUGCAUCAUUUCAAUUGGAUUAAAGGCUAACACGGCGAGAGCGCUGGCGAGAGCGGCCGCCCCAGUUGUCGGAACGCGCCAAAAGAGACUACUAUUUUGCGAUGCCGCUCAGGGCAACACGCGUGUGUUGCGAUUGCUGAAAGAAUACAGUGUAAGAACGCGCUGUUGCAAUCACAGUUGUAUCUGGUUGUGGAAUUCUGGCAUCGCGCUCCGCAGCUCAUCGUCACAGUGGUUUCCACUAAGCCAGUGGGAGGUAACUUUCCACUGAUCUAGUGGGAAAUUUGUUUCCUAUAGAAAAUGUCGUAGU